AUGGCGCAGAAUCGCCCCGCUGCCUUCAACACUCUCAGGAUGGGAGAGGUUAUUCGCGAAAAGGUGCAAGAUGGAAUAACUGGUGAGACGAGGGAUCUGCAGUACACGCAGUGCAAGAUUGUUGGCAAUGGCUCCUUCGGCGUCGUCUUCCAGACGAAGCUUUCGCCCUCAGGAGAAGACGCCGCCAUCAAGCGUGUUCUCCAAGACAAGAGAUUCAAGAACCGUGAAUUGCAAAUCAUGCGCAUCGUCCGUCACCCUAACAUUGUCCAACUGAAAGCCUUCUACUACUCUAACGGCGAACGCAAAGACGAGGUCUACCUCAAUCUCGUCCAGGAAUUCGUCCCCGAAACCGUGUAUCGCGCGUCGCGUUUCUUCAACAAGAUGAAAACGACGAUGCCCAUCCUGGAAGUCAAGCUCUACAUCUAUCAGCUCUUCCGAGCCCUCGCCUACAUUCACUCUCAGGGCAUUUGCCAUCGUGACAUCAAGCCCCAAAACCUGCUUCUGGACCCCACAUCAGGCAUCCUCAAGCUGUGCGAUUUCGGUAGCGCAAAGAUCCUCGUCGAGAACGAGCCGAACGUGUCGUACAUCUGCUCACGAUACUACCGAGCCCCAGAGCUCAUUUUCGGUGCCACCAACUAUACGACCAAGAUUGACGUCUGGUCUACUGGUUGUGUCAUGGCUGAAUUGAUGCUCGGACAACCGCUCUUCCCUGGAGAGUCAGGCAUCGAUCAAUUGGUGGAGAUCAUUAAGGUGCUGGGCACACCAACUAGGGAGCAGAUCCGCACAAUGAACCCGAACUACAUGGAGCACAAGUUCCCGCAGAUAAAGCCGCAUCCUUUCGCUAAGGUCUUCCGGAAGGCGGAUGCGAACGCCAUCGACCUCAUUGCCCGUCUUCUCGAGUACACGCCGACUGAGAGACAAGCAGCUGUUGAGGCCAUGGUCCACCCAUUCUUCGAUGAGCUCAGAGACCCCAACACGAGGUUGCCCGACUCCCGGCACCAGAGCGGUGAAGUCCGCGACCUGCCCCCGUUGUUCGAUUUCACUCGUCACGAGCUCUCGAUCGCGCCGAACCUGAACCACCAAUUGGUGCCUGCUCACAUCAAGCCUGUCUUGGCCGGCAGGGGAUUGGACAUUGACAAUUUCACUCCGAUUCCGAAGGCAGAUAUGAUGGCUAAAUUGGACUGA